AUGUGGAACGACGAAGACAACAACCCUUACGGCACCAGCUUCGAUCGCCGGGAUUCACAGACCUCGUCGUCUGCAAUUCCGAGCUCGCCGACAUCAAGAGACUAUGGCGUUUUUGAGGCUUCUCAUACCCCUUCAACUGGGAGCGACGUUGGCCAGUCACCACGUCCGCCAUUCAGCCAUGGCAUUGGCCAAGUUGACGAUGAUGAUGUCCUGGGGGAGGACACCCCUCCGCGACGGAGGCCAGGCGGAUACAACAGCCGUAUCGAGCAGAUCCUUUAUGAGAAUCCGAACAUGCCAAUUAUGAUCACGGAUGCGGGUAAAAGCGUAGAAAGCGGAGGGAGAUUUAUCGUGUACACCAUUAAAACAGGAGAUUUAGAGGUCCGUCGUCGUUACUCUGAGUUUGCCUCGCUCAGAGAUGCGUUGACCCGUCUUCACCCGACUCUUGUUAUCCCUCCCAUUCCGGAAAAGCAUACUAUGGCCGACUACGCUGCGAAUCCCACAAGCGCGAAACAAGACCAGCAAAUCAUCGACUUACGAAAGCGCAUGUUAAUGGUCUUUUUGAAUCGCUGCCGUCGAAUGGACGCCGUAAGAGAAGACGGGGUUUGGUGGAGGUUUCUUGAUCCAAACUCAAGCUGGAGCGAAGUCUUGCACGCUCACCCGGUGGCUUCUAUUCCCAAGGUCAUCCUGAAAGCACCGCCGUUGGAUACCGCGAACCCCUCACUUGCUCACAGCUUCCUUCCGGUUCCUUCGAGCUCAUCGAAGCUCAAGACUUCAGCAGGUACGGGCGCCGACCUGAGUGCUUCUGUCAUCCAGGGCGCAGCACAUGCGAUCGAACGCUUCCCAGCAGAUGCAUCCAAUCUCAGCGAGCAAGAGCUUGACCCAUAUUUCAUCUCUUAUGAGGCGUCGAUCAAGGAGUUGGAACAGCUUUUGACAGGCCCUAUGGAGAAGGUCAAUCGCCGAACUCUCAGUCAUCUAUCAUCUUUAGCGGCAGAUCUUUGCGAACUGGGAUCAAGAUACAACGCCUUUGCCCUUUCAGAGCAAGCCCCGUCCCUAGGACCAGCCAUUGAACGAAUAGGUCAAGCCGCUGAUGCGUCGUAUAUUGCGACUGAGGAACUUUCAGGCACUUUGGGCGCCAGUUUUGCAGAACCAAUGAGAGAGAAUGCCCAGUUUGCAGGUGUCGUCAGAAGCGUCUUGCGGUAUAGAGUCCUCAAGCGUGUGCAGCAAGAUAUGACAAGUGAGGAGCUCAACAAGAAGAGAGCCCUGUUGGACCAGCUUGAGCGCAGUGAAGCAGAAGCAAGGCGCAUUGAGCAGUACCUUUCGAGCAGCCAGCAAAUAUCUCCCCCUCCUAAGCGGUCGGCGAGUCUUAGAGAGCCGCCGACACAGCAUCGACGCGAUGGAAGCCAAGAGGAUACUGAAUCUAUAGACUCCGAUUUCCCACCGACUCAUGGCGAUUUCCCGUCGGUUCCUCCGUCUGUAAACCAAGGCGUCCCCGAGAGAAGUGCGUCGACCAUAACACACCGAAAGAUGCCUAGUACAAACUCUAUAACAAACAAGAUAUUUGGUCCAAUCCGCCACGCAGUGCAGGGAGUCGUGGACGUGGACCCUGAGCGAACUCGCCGAGAUACCAUCGGAAAGACGCGCGAGUCUAUAGGCCAGCUAGAACAGGCCCAAGUAGCUUCUGAAAGAGAUGUCAAGGAUGCCAGCGCCAGUGUGCUUAGCGAUUUGAAGCGGUUCCAGAAAGACAAGGAAGAUGACUUGAGGCGAUAUAUGUUGGCAUACGCGAGAAGUCAAGUUGAGUGGGCACGCAAGAGCAAGCAGCAGUGGGAAGAGGCCAGGGCAGAGGUCGAUAAAAUAGACGACAAUUAG